UGAACAAUGAGUCUCACCGUCUUCACUCUGCGUUCUUUCCUCCGCGACAAACUGUGAUCAAACCCUAGGCGGAUAAUACGAGAACGAUGGAGCUCAAGCCUGGCCUAUCAGCUUUGGUCACCGGAGGCGCCUCUGGAAUCGGCAGAGCUCUUAGCUUGGCUCUCGCACAGAAGGGAAUUUUUGUUACUGUUGUUGAUUUCUCUGAAGAGAGGGGAAAGGAAGUUUCAUCCCUUGCUGAAAAGGAGAACGCCAAAUUUCAUCCAAAGUUGGAAUUUCCGACUGCUAUGUUUAUAAGAUGUGAUGUUUCAAAUACAAGAGAACUGAAUGCUACUUUUAAAAAGCACUUGGAGACAUAUGGAGGCUUGGACAUAUGCAUUAACAGUGCAGGCAUUGGAAAUCCAGUGCCAUUCCAUAAAGAUCAAACUGAUGGUUCUGGUUCAUGGAGACAAACUAUAAAUGUGAACCUUAAUGCAGUGAUAGACUGCACACGCCUUGCGAUUCAAGCAAUGCAAACUGCACAGAAGCCUGGCGUAAUUAUAAACCUUGGGUCUGCUUCAGGACUUUAUCCAAUGUAUAACGAUCCGAUCUACUCAGCCUCCAAAGGGGGUGUGGUACUAUUUACCAGAUCACUUGCUCCUUACAAGCGUCACGGAAUUCGUAUUAAUGUACUCUGCCCGGAGUUUGUUGAAACUGAGUUGGCUGCAAAGGUGAGUUCUAAGUUUAUUGGUCUAAUGGGAGGAUAUGUUCCUAUGGAGAUGGUGGUGAAAGGUGCCUUUGAGCUUAUCAGUGAUGAGAGUAAGUCUGGAUCCUGUUUAUGGAUUACUAAACGUAGAGGCAUGGAAUAUUGGCCAACUCCUAUAGAAGAAGCAAAGUAUCUGGUGCAUUCUACAAAAUUGAGAAGAAAAUCUUCGUUCACAGUCCCACUGAAUGUGCAAAUUCCGGAGAGCAUCGAUAAGAUAAUUGUUCACACGCUGAGUCACAAUUUCCGUAGUGCUACAAGCAUAGUGCGCAGGCCGUUGAGAUUACCAGUCAAACCAGAUCAUGUCCUUUUGAAAAUCAUAUAUGCUGGUGUUAAUGCUAGUGAUGUGAAUUUUAGCUCUGGCCGUUAUUUCAGUGGCAACAGCAAAGACAUUGGCGCUCGUCUCCCAUUUGAUGCUGGUUUCGAGAAUAGUGGGUGUGGAAGAGAAGUGAAAACCCGAUCUUGGUUCUUCGAGACAGGGUUAGGAUGGGUGAACCCCGUCCUUGCCCUGGUUGCUGAUACAUUAUACAACAGUGCUUGCACCAAGAAUUUCCUUGCUUGCUUUCGUUUAUGUGUCAUCGAUCUAUUUGGUUUCAGUUUCCGUCUAAUGUCUGGGGCAAUGUUGGUGGUUGCUGUACAUUUUUUUGUGGUCAAAGUGGUUACUGUACUUCAUAAUGCGAAAGAUCUCGUAAGUGUCAAGCUUAAAGCAAAAUCUGUGGCCUCCAAGAAUAAAGUCCUUAAUUGUGUUAAUAUCGAGUUAGUUGCUGCUGGGCUUAUUUACAAUUCUAGGAGUGAAAGGUUAGUAAAUUUGGAUCAUACAUGGGUUGCCAGAAAGGCCAAUGGGUCUUAUUAUAGGUCAAGUGAAGUUACUAAAGAUCUCGUAAGUGUCAAGCUUAAAGCAAAAUCUGUGGCCUCCAAGAAUAAAGUCCUUAAUUGUGUUAAUAUCGAGUUAGUUGCUGCUGGGCUUAUUUACAAUUCUAGGAGUGAAAGGUUAGUAAAUUUGGAUCAUACAUGGGUUGCCAGAAAGGCCAAUGGGUCUUAUUAUAGGUCAAGUGAAGUUACUAAAGAUCUCGUAAGUGUCAAGCUUAAAGCAAAAUCUGUGGCCUCCAAGAAUAAAGUCCUUAAUUGUGUUAAUAUCGAGUUAGUUGCUGCUGGGCUUAUUUACAAUUCUAGGAGUGAAAGGUUAGUAAAUUUGGAUCAUACAUGGGUUGCCAGAAAGGCCAAUGGGUCUUAUUAUAGGUCAAGUGAAGUUACUAAAGAUCUCGUAAGUGUCAAGCUUAAAGCAAAAUCUGUGGCCUCCAAGAAUAAAGUCCUUAAUUGUGUUAAUAUCGAGUUAGUUGCUGCUGGGCUUAUUUACAAUUCUAGGAGUGAAAGGUUAGUAAAUUUGGAUCAUACAUGGGUUGCCAGAAAGGCCAAUGGGUCUUAUUAUAGGUCAAGUGAAGUUACUAAAGAUCUCGUAAGUGUCAAGCUUAAAGCAAAAUCUGUGGCCUCCAAGAAUAAAGUCCUUAAUUGUGUUAAUAUCGAGUUAGUUGCUGCUGGGCUUAUUUACAAUUCUAGGAGUGAAAGGUUAGUAAAUUUGGAUCAUACAUGGGUUGCCAGAAAGGCCAAUGGGUCUUAUUAUAGGUCAAGUGAAGUUAAUGACUCUUUACAUGGAGAAUUUGCUUGGUCCAGAAUGGUCUUAGUGGUCAAAGUUUCCUAUUUCGUAAUCUUAGCCUCAUUAGCAGGAACAGUGGAACAGUCUGCUGUGGGAAUAAUUGCUGCAGUUGGUGCUUCUGUUAAUAACAUUAAAGUUGGCGCUCCAGCUGCAAUCAUGACUUUUGGAGGUUAUGCUGAAUUCACGAUGGUACCCUCAAAGCACGUUCUUCCUGUGGCAAGACCGGAUCCAGAAGUCAUUGCCAUGCUUACAUCUGGACUAACGGCAUCAAUUGCUCUAGAAAAGGCAGCACAAAUGGAUUCGGGAAAAAUAGUUCUGGUGACUGCUGCUGCAGGAGGGACUGGACAGUUUGCAGUCCAGCUUGCAAAAUUAGCUGGAAAUACAGUGGUUGCAACUUGUGGAGGUAAACAAAAGGCUACGCUUUUGAGCGAUUUGGGUGUUGAUCGGGUCAUAGACUACAAAGCAGAAGAUAUCAAAACUGUUCUAAAAAGGGAGUUCCCAAAAGGUGUUGACAUCAUCUAUGAGUCUGUUGGUGGUGAAAUGUUUAAUCUAUGCUUGAAUGCGCUAGCGAUCUAUGGGCGACUAGUUGUUAUUGGGAUGAUUUCUCAGUAUCAAGGAGAACAUGGAUGGAAGCCAUUAAAUUAUACUGGACUAUGUGAGAAGAUUCUCGCAAAAAGCCAAACUGUGGCUGGCUUUUUCCUGGUACAAUAUAGUCACCUAUGGCAACAGCAUCUGGACAGGCUGGUUCAUCUUUUCACCUUGGGAAAGCUUAAGCUUAUUUCUGGAACAACCCAAAAGUCAUGCUUAUAUUGA